AUGGCAGCGCCCGCCAACAGCGACGAGGAGUUCCGCUCGCACACCCAACAAAGCCCGCUAGCCUCGCAGCGCGCGAGGCAGCAGGGCAGCUGGGCUGGGCUCUCGCCCGCUGUGACAGAGCACAAGGUGCUCUCUUUCGUACCCUAUCUGCAGAAACCACCUACCCACACCCAGACCGGUUCCGCCCCACCUUCUACCUCCCCUUCCUCGACGGAAAUCUCAGGCAACCCGGCCGACGAUGCGCAACCAGUCACAACGACGUCGGUCACUGACCCGUAUGGCCCCCGAAGGUGGCAUUCCAACCUAGUACAACUCUCAGGGAAAGAGCGCGCUCUCAAUGAAUUCACCGUUGAACGCGUGGGCGAGGAUGUCGAGAACAACCUCGUCAUGCUACACGGCUACGGUGCUGGACUGGGCUUCUUCUAUAAGAACUUUGAGGGCCUCAGCCGUGCCCAGGGCUGGAAACUUUAUGCAUUGGACCUUCUGGGAAUGGGUCGGAGCAGCCGUCCGCCCUUCAGGAUCCACGCAAAGGAUCACCAAGGGAAAAUCACCGAGGCAGAGAACUGGUUCAUCGAUGCACUUGAGGAAUGGCGGGUCAAGAAGGGCAUUGAUCGCUUUACACUGCUCGGCCACAGCUUGGGGGGUUACAUGGCUGUUGCCUACGCACUCAAAUAUCCCGGUCAUCUCAACAAGCUGAUCCUGGCAAGCCCAGUCGGCAUUCCGGAGGACCCCUACGCUGUCCAAUCCGACUUGCCCGAACCUUCCGAUUCCACCAUGGCCAACGAGUUCACUCAAGACCAGGGUAGUGUCGCCGGCGGCUCCAACCCAGCCAAGCAGGGCGACAACAACAACUUUCUGAACGCGCGCUCAAAGGCAGCCCCGCAGGAGAACGGCAAGCCCCCAAGGAAACCCUUGCCGAAAUGGCUGACCUACCUCUGGGAUGCCAACAUCAGCCCAUUCUCGUUCGUGCGAUGGUCCGGUCCGAUCGGACCACGUCUGGUGUCAGGGUGGACCUCGCGCAGAUUCUCGCAUCUGCCAGCGGAGGAGUCGCAGGCACUACACGACUACUCGUACUCGCUCUUCCGCCAAAGGGGCAGCGGCGAGUACGCGCUUGCCUACGUGCUUGCUCCUGGAGCCUUCGCUCGGAGCCCCUUGAUCCGCAGAAUCCAGGGCGUCGGCAGACAGUUCCUCGGUCCACACGCCGGUCCCUUACCCGACGGCGACCGCCCAAGCUCGCCAAACACUGGCGAGCAGAAAAGGGAGAAUGGAGUGCCCGUUGUCUUCAUGUAUGGCGAGAACGAUUGGAUGGAUGUUGCGGGUGGGUUCGCUGCAGAGCAGAAGAUGAAGGAGGAGAAGGAAAGGAUCUUGGCGGGCAAGACAACGGAGGAGCAAAAGAACGACAAUGGCAGCGCCAAAGUUCUAGUCAUCCGAAAGGCCGGUCAUCACCUCUACCUGGAUGGGGUCUACACAGCAUCCUUCGCCUUCUUCGAGGCCAUAUGGGAAGCCGGCAUUACGCAUUGUUUCGUAAAUUUGGGCUCGGACCAUCCUAGCAUCAUUGAGGCUAUCGUCAAGGGCCAGAAUGAAAAGCAGGGGCAUUUCCCUCAAAUCAUCACAUGCCCGAAUGAGAUGGUUGCGCUUUCCAUGGCAGAUGGCUAUGCCCGACUCACGAACAAGCCCCAAUGUGUGAUCGUCCAUGUUGACGUCGGCACUCAGGGUCUUGGUGCUGCGGUUCACAAUGCCUCCUGCGGCCGUGCUCCCGUGUUGAUCUUUGCUGGUCUUUCUCCCUACACGAUCGAGGGUGAAAUGCGCGGAAGCAGGACUGAAUAUAUCCACUGGAUCCAGGAUGUACCUGACCAGAAGCAGAUUGUCGCCCAAUAUUGCCGGUACACUGGCGAGAUCAAGACGGGCAAAAACGUCAAGCAAAUGGUCAACCGAGCUUUGAGUUUUGCGACGAGUGAUCCGAAAGGCCCGGUAUAUCUCUAUGGUGCAAGAGAAGCCAUGGAACAGGAUCUGGAACCAUACACGCUCGAUCAAGCGUUCUGGAACCCUGUGGAGCCGCCUGCCCUGAGCCCCAAGGCUGUAAAGACGAUAGCCGAUGCUCUUGUCAACGCCGCGGAACCGCUAAUUAUCACCGGAUAUAGCGGUCGAAAUCAUGCAGCCGUCGGUGAACUGGUCAAGCUGGCUGAUACUGUUCCAGGGCUUCGUGUGUUGGACACGGGUGGGAGCGACAUGUGUUUUCCGGCGAACCACCCAGCCUGGCUCGGCCUACGUUAUGGCGUCGACGAGAGCAUCAAGACGGCUGAUGUCAUCGUGGUGCUUGACUGCGACGUGCCGUGGAUCAACACUCAAUGCCAUCCGAAGGAGGGCGCCAAAAUCUAUCACAUUGAUGCAGAUCCACUGAAGCAGCAGAUGCCAGUGUUCUACAUAAACGCGCUUGGAAGAUACAAGGCCGAUUCUGAGCUGGCCAUCAACCAGCUUCACUCUUAUAUCGGUUCUUCGCCUGACUUGAGCCAGCGGGUGAAAAGUGCCGAGUACGACCAUCGUCGGAACAAGCUCCAAGAAAGCCACAAGGAGAAGCUGGCCACGAUCGCAAGCCUUGCGAAGCCGGGCGACGACGGUUCGUACGGGGCGUCAUAUCUUAUCAGCCGUGUACGCAAAGCGUGCCCAGAGGACACCAUUUGGGCGAUCGAGGCAGUCACGAAUACGCCAUUUGUGGCAGACCAGAUUCAGGCCACGAUUCCCGGCAGCUGGAUCAACUGUGGUGGUGGCGGUCUUGGAUGGUCUGGCGGCGGUGCCUUGGGGAUCAAACUCGCAACGGAUAAUGCUGGAGAAAAGAAGUUUGUGUGUCAAAUUGUUGGUGAUGGAACCUACCUCUUCUCCGUGCCUGGCAGUGUCUACUGGAUCAGCCAGCGCUACAAGAUUCCCAUCCUCACCAUUGUACUGAACAACAAAGGCUGGAAUGCACCGCGGAGGUCGCUCCUGCUGGUGCACCCAAAUGGAGAGGGGUCCAAGGUCAGCAAUGAGGAGCUCAACAUCUCAUUCGCCCCUACCCCUGACUACUCGGGCAUUGCAAAGGCGGCAUCAGGAGGCGAGAUAUGGGCAGCGCAUGCGAGCACGGCAGAGCAAUUGGAUAAGCUACUGCCGGAAGCAGUGAAGAGUGUUUUGAAUGGCACCUCGGCGGUGCUGGAUGCGCACCUGGACGGCCCGCAGGGGAAGUAUCCUGGGAACAAAGCGGCACUGGUCGGCUGA